GAAAUCCUUAGGAGUCCCUACAGAUCCACGGACAAAUCAUCCCACGAUUAUCUACGCUUCCCUGCACUGGUUUGGACCCAGGAGAAAUAUGAGUUUAUUAGAACAAUUGCCAGAGAAACACCUGAAAGAACUGAGGCAAGGGAUGGAAAAGUCUUACUACCUUAACUUCAGCACCAUGGACAGAGCAGUUUUGUGUGCAAGUUUGGUAUCGGCCAAAGGUGACUAACGGGAAAGGAAAGCCAACAUGGCGGAGGAACUGCAGGUGGAACUGGACUUGUGGCAGAAAAAGUUCCGAAAUUCAGAGGAAAACCUGUCAGCACUGAAAAAGCUAUGCAUCAAAGCAAUCCAUGAGUUUUCUGAGCUGCAGCUGAAGUACAAUGAGAACCAACAACAGUAUGCCGAGCUGGCCGAGAGGUUGGAGGUCACAGAAACCCAGCUGGAGAAACUACAAUCAGUAUCGGAGGCUGUGUAUGAUGAGUAUAUGGACGUGACAACAAGUCUUGAUGUGGAGAAGAACUGCAGGGAAGAGGCAGAGAAAUAUGCUGCUAAUAUCGUGAAGGAGAACAAGCAGCUGAAGAGAGCGAGUCAGAUGUUCAUUCAGCAGCACGGCGGACAGCUACCGGAAAUCCCUGUGUUCGAGAACGGAGACGACUCAGAAGUGGAAAGACUCAAUGCCAGAAACAGAGAGUUGAGUGAUGAGUUGUCUGAGCUGAAGCUUCUCCAGUCCAGAACACAAAGGAAACUAGAGAAGGCUGAGGAAGACAUCAGGAUCAUCAACCAACAGUAUGUAGAGGAGUGCACACAGCACCAGGAGACAAAGAAGACACAGGUUUCCCUGGAGGAGACCAUCAAGAAGUUCCAGAGAGUUUCUGUGUUAGCCCUUGGGGAGUACCAGGACUUGAGAUCCAAGUUUGACAUGGAGAAGAGCUGCAGAGUGAGGGCAGAGAGCUACGCUGCAGAGAUGUUGCGUCAGCAGAAGGCCAUGGCCAGGCAGAGUGUCAUUGUCAUGCAGUCAGUGGCAGCAGACGAACGACUGACGAAAUCUCUACAGGAAGUAGAAGAGCUGACGACAUCACUGGAGCAGGAGAGGUUUGAACAUGAACAGAAGAUAAAGGAGAUGGAGGAGCAGGUUACCACGGCAGCAGAUGUGGAGGAGCUGGAGAAGAAGGUUACCCUGGCGAUGGAGGAGACAGAGGCACAGGAGAAACGAGCGCAGGAGGCAGAGGAGAAGGUCAAGGCACUGGAGAAACAAGUCAAAGAGCUGGAAGAGAAGCUGCUGCAGCCAAUCCCUCCCCCUCCACCACCCCCUCUCCCCCCUCCCCCUCCUCCUCCUGUCAACCCCAUCCGCAGUCUGAUCAGCAUCCUGGGACAGAGAGGCAACAAGAAGAAGCCUCAGGCCAAAGGAAAGGAUGGCAAAGAACUGGACCCAAGGGAACUCGCCAUGAGAGAAAUGAUGGACAGGAUCAGGUCAGGGAAGGUCCAGCUUCGACCAACCAGACUGCCCGGAACAUCUGGGGAUGAAGAAGAGGAAGAGAAGGAAAACAAGGAUUCAGCCAUUAAAGAGAUGACAAGUUUAUUGAGGACUAUAAAAAAGACAGGCAGGCCACAGUCAGUUCAUGAGGAAAAUGAGCUGAUGAAAACACUGCAGAGAAGGAGGCAAAUCACAGACAGGACACAGGACCCAGCGCACAGGAAGAUAUCAGAGCCAGUUCUCCCAUCCCAGCGCUCUGUUGGAAUCAGGCCUGAACCAAUCGCAGAGGAGCAGGAGCCCGUUACACCGAAACCUGAUGGUGUCUCUCCCAGCCUACCAUCGCCAAAACCCAUCCCGUCCCCACGCAAGAGCAAAGCUGUGAAACAGAAAGAGUGGCCCGUACAGGAGCAAGAUGUUGACACCCCCACCAGCCCGGCAAACACCCCCCAGGGUGGGGACAGCACCCCCCUGGAGACAGGCGAUGUACCUAAGGGUGGGGCUAAAGACAGCGAGGAUGCAGCAAAUGGUGCAGAGGGCCAAGAUCAGGCAGAGGACAACCUGUAUGAGCCUGUGGAAUUCGGGGAGACAAACGCAUGAUGAUGAAGAGAUCACCCUGGCUUCCUAAGUAUCAUCAUAACAAUCCUACUGGGAACAUUUCCCACAGAAAAAUAUUUUUGUGACAAUUUCAGAUUCU